AUGUCUCCACCCUCCCUUUCAAAUAAACUCUUAGAAUUAUUAUCUUCUGAAACAAGGAACAAAAGUAUUGUUUCAAUACCUUCACGAAACCUCUUCCUGCUUGAUAAUGCUAAACGAGAUUUUCAACCAUGUUCACUUCUACAGCCUCACACUUUAUCUCUUAAUCAUCGGGAAAAUCUCCGUGGAAAAUUUUUGAAAGGAAAUUGUCUUCCGAUGGUUUUCCACAUGAAGGUGCGUUUGACAAUUAAAAAUAUGGAACAAUAUUUCUUACGUCUCAGGCAGCUCAAGGCGACACGUUCACCUUAUUAUUAA